AUGGCUUUCCAGCUUGACGAUCUUCUUAGAGAUGAUAAGAAAGAUGCCAAUCUGAUACCAGAUUUGAGUAAAGCAACCUGCAAUUCGCAAGAAGAGUUUAGAAGACUGCUCGAGCGUUGUCCAGAGUAUAAAAUCAGAUCUGAAAAGGUAAAGAAAGAAGAUUCAAAGGUACGUGACAAAGAUUUCACUUGGCGUGCAACAAAACGUGAGCUCAGAGUAAUAGAGAAAGAAUAUGGUUACGGGGACCCUGUGCCACCAGACAUGAGAGGACUCAAUCUUACUGAAUUACAACAAGUAUCUAUAGAUUGGAGGAUGCUAACACCAAUUCGUCCUAAACUACGUCAGGAUGAGGAAAUGUUUUCUAGACUUGUUGAUAUGGGGAAAUUAGAGAUAAAAACGGCCGCAAAGGAACGACACAAUUUCACAAGUCCAAUUAGGCGUAGCAAAAAUAGAGCUGGAAUAAUCGAGAGCAGCGUAAAGAUGUGUGGUGAUUGCGGCGAAGAGUUUUGUUAUGGAGAAGCCUGUGGUGAUAUACUGUAUGAUUCUUGCAUACGAGUUACAGUAACACCUCAGCAAUCAAAAAUCCAAGUAUCAGCUGACACUGCAGCUAUUAUUGCUAAAAUGGACAAACCAAAGAAAAAAUCAAAGAAGUCUAAGCUUCUGCGUUCUAAAUCGAAAAAAAGCAGUAAAAGUGGUAGCAAGAAUGACAGUAAGGAUAUAAUAGCUGAGGAUAUACCCAAGAAAGGAAAGAAGUUUAAACGGAAAUGUAAGAAGAAGACAAACUAGUGUAGUAAAAUAAUAAAUCGGUCGCAAGCCAAUGGUGGAACAAGAAAUUCACACAUUGGACGAAUGGUGUGAAAUAAAUAUAUUUCAUUAGUAUGCUUUGCAUAUAAAUUCGGAUUGCACUGAUUCUUUUCAGCUCUUCAUCUGAAAAGAAAUUAAUCUAUCAUAGUUGAGGAUGAGAAUAUCAAAAACAAUUUGAAAAUUGUAGAGUUAUUGAAUGAAUAUAAUGCCACUACACAAAUGCUGGAAAAAUAUAGAUUUAUUCCAUUUCUUUGAAUUCACAAGAUUUUCAUAAUUCAAAACUUGAUUUCAUUUUGACCCUGACACUAUUUAGUGUCUAGUAUUUAUUCUUCUAUAUUUUUUCCCCGAUUAAAGAUAUAAAUAUACCCAUUGUGUAUCAGUACCCAUUCAUUCAGAUUACAUCUGGUAUAGGCGCAUAUUUAAAAAAACCCAAACACUUAGAGCCUUUCAGGAAAAAAUAAUUUACAUCUGAAUUUCUUAUAAUAACUAAGCAUCGUAUGCUACGCCAAUAAUUUUACAUUACAGAGAAUUUAAAAUAUGUGUAUUAUCAUUGGACAGUUAUUCUCAGGCUCACUCACAUAUCUUGCAGUUACGGGUUUGUACUGAUCAAGUGAUACAGGAAGCCUCCAAUUUUUUGAUAGACCGAUUAACAAAACGUUAUUAACAUCAUUUACGUUUGAGUAUCGGUGUCGAACAUAACGAUUAUACAGCCGUAUAAUUAAAAUUGGUGAUUACGAUGCAAAAUGUUAUCACCAUUGUUCUUUGCCUCUUGCUAUCGACUUUACCUAGUGGACUCUUAUAUCAGAUAUUAUUAACGAUGCAUAUUUGUAUCAUAAGCAGGACAUAAAUAGCACUACAUUUAACAUACAUACAAAUAGUUGUUGCUAUGCUUGCUAGUUGGAAUGGAAGACUAUGGACAGCAGCUUGACAAAUAUAUAGUUGGUCGUAUUUAGGGAUAAUAUAUAUUAAAAUAUUACUGUAGUCUUUCCUUUCUUAAA